AGCUGGUGUUGAGGAUGAAGGUCUGCUGUUAUUUCAACUACUUCUAUUUCUUGCUCAGCUUGUGAAAAUGGAGCGCUUGUCUGCAGCAAACACAAGAUUUUCUCUCAACCUGUUCAAGAAGAUCAGUGAAGGAAACGCCUCAAAAAAUGUGUUCUACUCUCCGAUCAGCAUCUCCUCGGCUCUGGCCAUGGUGUCUCUCGGAGCUAAAGGAAACACAUCAGAGCAGAUGUUUAAGGUCCUCUGCUUUACCGAUCCUCCCAAACCCAGUGCUCCUCAUUAUUCAGCUGAACAAACUCAUUCAAGCUUCAACAAGCUCAUGAGUGAACUCAACAAACCAGGAGCCCCGUAUGUGUUGAGUCUCGCCAACCGCCUCUACGGAGAGCAAUCCUACCAGUUUGUGGAGAAAUUCCUUAAUGAUGCAAAAAGAUACUAUGAAGCCGGACUGGAGAAGGUGGACUUCAAGAAGAAAUCAGAGGCUGCACGUGUCGACAUCAACAAAUGGGUGGAGAAAAAAACACAAGGAAAGAUCAAGGACUUGCUCACACAGGGAUCCAUCGAUGCGAUGACGAGACUGGUCUUGGUGAACGCCAUCUACUUCAAGGGGAACUGGGAGAAGAAAUUCCCAAAGCAAGCCACCAGAGACGGACAGUUCAAGCUGAACAAGACUCAAACUAAACCAGUGAAGAUGAUGUAUCAGGAAUCAAAGUUUCCACUGGCCUUGAUCCCGGAGAUUGACAGUCAGGUUCUGGAGCUGCCGUAUGUCGGGAAGAAUCUCAGUAUGUUGAUCAUCCUUCCUAACGAGAUUCAAGACGAAACCACCGGCCUUCAGAAGCUUGAAAAGGCACUGACUUAUGAGAAGCUGAUGGAGUGGACCAAACCCAGCAAGAUGCUUCAACAAGAAGUUCAGGUAUCUCUGCCCAGAUUCAAGAUGGAGGAAACCUACGACAUGAAGAGUCUUCUGAUCAGCAUGGGAAUGGAGGACGUGUUUGACGGGAAGAAGGUCGAUCUUUCAGGCAUGUCUCCCAACAAUGAUCUGGUGGUGACCAAGGUGAUCCAUAAAGCCUUUGUUGAAGUAAACGAGGAAGGAACCGAAGCGGCUGCAGCCACCGGAGCCGUCGUGGCCAAUCGUUCAUUUGCGCAGAUGUUUAUUGCAGAUCAUCCGUUCGUUUUCUUCAUCCGUCAUAAUUCCUCCAACAGCAUUCUGUUUUAUGGACGCUUCUGUUCUCCUUGAAGAUGGUAGUAAUAAAGAUAGUAAUGUUCUU